AUUCCGAUCGAGAUCCGAAACCAGAUCUACGAGUACCUUCUCGUCAAUCCAGACUUAUGUUCUCCCGAGAUCUUUCCAUCCUCAAGCUUCCAUAAGCAAAUUGACCGGUAUUACCUAUCGCCGAGUAUCCUUGGUACAUGCAGACAAAUCAGCGAUGAGGCAACCCCAAUACUUUACGAGCGAAACACAUUUAUUGUUGGAUUCAAUCGAGAUUGUCGCUCAUAUUCCCCUAUCUCUAGAAUCGAAGCGCAGAUUUACGGUUCUACCGAUUUCUUUCAGCACCCAGGAUUUGAGAAGGUCAAGCAUUGGAAAGUCAUUCUAUCUGCCAACGAAGAGAAGGGCUUUGAAGCUCCUAUCUACCAUUUUGUCACAUUUUGCAGAGCAAUAUCUGACAACUUUCCUCGAUCCUUAAAGGUAUGGAUCAUGCCCAAAGGCUACAGCUGGGUCACGGAAGCACGGUUCCGCAGGUACUACGACGUGACCACGGUUCUACAGCCUUUGAGCCUGCUGAGAAAUAUCAGCGAAAUUCAUUUGGGAGAACUGCCCAUCAAUGAAUUAUCCACGUUUCAGCCGGCGCGGCCUCAAUCUGCUUCUUCACCACACGACUUUCCCACGCACUGGCUAGAAAAUAUGAAGGCACUUGUGAAAAGUGACAAGCCUUUGGCGCGCGUUUGGGAGAUGUAUCAGAAGCUUCUCAAUUACGCGCAGUCCUUUGAGCGGAACGAUCAGUUCAGAGAGAACAUGGAACCUAUCUGGGGCAGUGGAACAUGCUACGCCAAGCGCAAGGCGAAGGGUGCAAGCUGGUCCUGGAGAACUUGGAACAGAGAAAUGGGGGAUUUGGAUCAACCUGAGAACCCUUUCUUCUUGUCCCCGGCACACCCUGUCGAAGAAGGCCUCCUACUUGGUAGCUUUGGAAGUGAAAAUAAUGACAUCGAAUCAUUUUUGAAUGCUCGAGCCACCGUCCUGGGUUAUCUGGGGCCACAAUAUCAACGAAUUGCCAAUGCUUCUCUGCAGCUCGCCGAAUUUGUUAAAGCCGAGAAGAAGCAAGGUGGCGCUCUUUUUGGUCCUUCCCUACUUGAAAAUCACGAAGUUGAGCCUCGAUGUACACGAGCUCUGCUUCUUCUAGAAGAUUAUGCUCAGAGCUUCGUGCGAGAUGUUCCACUUGCGACACGGAUAAACAUUCGAAAGAGGCAAGCCAAGUUCGAUUGCGCAUAUGCCUUUCUAGAAAGAGAAACUCUACUCAAGCGGCUGAGCAGCAUCUUGGUGAAUGACAAUUUCAAGAUCACUGGAUCGGAUAAGUUUUUUGAACUAUUCAAGUUGGCGGUGGACAACAUGGAUAAGCAGUACCUGAUGAUCCGCAAAACUAGGAAAGAACUGUUCGACUGCGAUGACGAUACCUAUGAGCGCGUCAUUGAUCCAGAGCUAUGGAAAUGCGACGAGAUGGUUAAUUGG